AUGGUGUUCAGUGAAAAUGGUAUGACACUCGAUCCCAACAAGGUCGAUGUAAUUCAGUGUGCAAAAUCACCGGAGAGUGCGAGUGAAUGUCGUAGUCUACUAGGCAUUAGGAACUUUGUUUCUGGUUUCUUCUCAGCGUAUGCAGAGUUAGUUGCACCUGUGUUAAAGCCCAUAAAGAAAAAAUGCUGUGUCGUGCUUACACAAGAAGGUCACGUUGUUGCAUAUGGCAGUAAAACCAUGUCCGAAGUGGAAACGCGUUAUUCGCAAAUUGAAUGCGAAACUUUGGUGAUCGCAUGGGCGUGUGGACAUUUUUGUAUGUUUGAUGUGCUUGUGUCAAAGGCUACGGUUAGUGGAAAAACAAAUGACAAGGUACCUGAUAUUACAGCAUUUAGUUCGUCCUUUAUUGUGGACGGUAACACAGCAACGAAUUUGUUUGCAUUCACCGGCUAUAAUGACAACAACGAUAACGUCAAUUUUGGUGUCGGUUUAUGGGUGGACGACAACGGGACGCAUUAUGAUGAAAAGGAGUUAAAGUUUCCAGGGCCUUUAGCCAAUUCUAUAUUUACUUCUGGUUUUGCCCACUCAUCAGAAUUCUGUAAAAAUUCUAAUAUGGAGCCUACUGCACUUAAAUGUGAACUCAGAUUUGAUGUAGAUGUUGGUGUACGCAGAGUCGGUGUGAAAUACAUGUGGACAGAACUGAAUGGCAUCAAAGCUUCAGCGUCAGUGGUCUUUCUAGCAAAUGAAGCUACGGUUGUAGCAGAACACCGAACUAUUACAACCAGUAUCGGCGAAACUGUUCAUCUGGUAAUGAGUCUUAAUGAUAUUGAUGAGGGUAGCUUACGAUGGAAAAAAGAUGGAGGAUCUGACAUCAUGGAGUGGGACGGGUUAAGCAACGUGAGUCUUAAAAACCUACGAAUAAAAGACACUGGUAUCUACGAAUGCUACCCGAAAGGACAACGACACUUGGGUCAACACGCUAUUCUACGAUUACUUGUUAGAGAGUGCCCUCGUGGAAAGUGGCUGCCCCCGGAUUGUGAAAACAAUUGCCCCCUAUGCUAUAAUGGGGGUGUGUGUUCUGUUUCAUAUGGAUUAUGCAUCUGUCCCCCGGGCUUCAAAGGAGAUAACUGUGAAAUCGCGUGUGGCUAUAAUAAUUGGGGACGCGAUUGCAGUAUUCCAUGCAGUUCUCUUAAUCCAGGAUGUCCAGGAUUUCUGUUUUGUCCUCCAGACCCUUUUGGUUGUUCUUGUAUGUCCGGUUAUGGUGACCUUGAUUGCAAGAGAGUAUGUGACACUGGAACAACAGGCAAGUAUGGACCCGGAUGCCUUCUUGAUUGUCACUGUAACGCUACUGAAUGUCAGCCUUCGGAGGGUUGCAACGAAAACGCCACUUGUCAUACUGGUUACACUGGUACCCGUUGUCUAGAAAGGGAUCCAAACGUUGAAUGCCCUGCUGGAUAUUAUGGCCCACAAUGCACCAAAAUAUGUCAUUGUCAGAUCUCGUCGAAGUGUGAUCGAAAUAAUGGAAGUUGCCCUAAUGGUGAUGUUUGUGAAGGAGGAUGGGCUGGGGCAGGCUGCCAACAACUUCUCCUGGCACUGAGUGAUGCUCCCCUGGUCGUAGCAUUUGCAAAUAAUGUCAACAUCCGUUGGUCAACUUGGAGUCUGGACAAUGAUUAUGGCCGGGGUACUGUCGAUAGUUACCAACUUGAAUAUUGGCCAACUAAUGAUGUCAGCGAUUUAGUUGUUCUAAAUAUUACAAUAGGAACAGAAAUGAACAUAUCGUGGUCACAGAUGAACUAUAACACAGAAUAUAGUUUCACAGUAAAAGUCAUUACUGAAGUUGAAGGUGUAUUAGUUUCUGGAAAAGCCAGUCCAUUGGCUGAGAUAUUGUCAAGACCUACUACAAAAUCAUCAUACGAAGAAAGACAGACAACAGAAUCAACAACGGUCAAAGGGACGACAGUACCACUGACGUCAGGAGCAAAAGGACAGACCACUGGUGAAUCAACAACGGCCAAAGUGACGACAAUACCACUGACGUCAGGAGCGAAAGGACAAACCACUGAAUCAACAACGGCCAAAGUGACGACAGUACCACUGACGUCAGGAACAAAAGGACAGACCACUGGGAAACGAUUUAAAAAUGAUGUUCCAGUAAUCAGAGUAUGCCGAAAUGGCAGACGAUUUUCGUGUUCUUCAAAUUCAACAUCAGUGUCUAGCAAGGUUUCUAGCAACGUUUGCAAAGUUUGUGGAAAACCCUAGAUGUACUCAUUCACUCUACACUCGCGAGGCACUUUAAUGUCGUCAGACAACGACGUCGAUUUU